AUGACGGCCUAUUCCCCCAGGACAUUCGCAAAUAAUGGAUAUUCCAAGUUUCCCAAGGCCCUCUGUCGGCCUUACGCACUCCCCACCACCUGGACAGGCAAGGCUGUCGUGGUAGUGCCGCCUUCGCAGAUGCAUCAACUGCUCACUAGGCCGGAUAAGCAGGCAGACAGCGAGAUCACAAAUAUCCCAGGCCUGGUCGAGACAGUCCAGAUGCCGUUCGUGAUCAACGACCCGGACAUCUAUCAGAAUACCAUCCACUUCGACGUAGUGCGCAGGAAGAUGACCAAGAAAGAUAUGCGCUUCUUCGCUCCUAUCACAGAGGACGAAGUCGGCCUUGCCUACGAGGCGUGGAAGACCAUCAACAGCUGGGACGCCUGUGGGAAAGUUAUCGCCCGUACGGCCCAGCGCAUAUUGAUCGGCUUGCCUCUGGGUAGCAACGAGAAGCUUCUCGAGGCUUCGCGAUUAUAUGCCAAUUCUGUUUUGCUAGGAGGCGCUUUGAUGAAUUGCUUCCCUCUGUUUCUUAGAAAGUUCGUUGGCCCUAUGGUAGCGAUCCGGACUAGGAAUCUCCAGGCCCGGUGCGUGAGGAUGCUUGUGCCUAUUGUUAAUGAGAGGCUGCGGAUAUUAAGCGCACCCAAACAAGAUGAGGAGGUGCCCGAAGACUUCGUGCAGUGGUUGAUCGCGACGGCAAACAAGGAUGGUACAGAGCAGUUAGACGCGACAAGGAUCGCCAACCGCCUUAUCGCGCUCAUGACACCGCUCAUCUUCGCCGUCUGUUAUGUCUUCGCCUACGCCGUUCUCGACGUCUACGGGAGCCCGGACAAGGAGGAGUUUAUCAGCGGCCUCUAUGCGGAAUGCAAGCAUGCAUCGGAGAAACAUACCAGUCUGGGAACGGCAGAGGCCGUGGAUUCACUCUGCCGCGUUGGCUCGACCAUCCGCGAGUCCAUGCAUACUUCCGACGUCGCCGUGACCAACCUCUUUCGGGAUGUUUCGGCCGGUGAAGUCGAUCUUGGCCACGGCAUUACCGUCACGGAAGGCAUCCGCAUGGCCUUCCCCACGCAGAACAUACAUCUGGAUCCCGAAUAUUACGAAAAUCCCGAAACGUUUGACGCGUUCCGCUUUUCCCGGGGUUUCGAGGGGUUAGAUGAGACCAACCUGCAAGCAAGAGCCCAGGAGCGCGAGCUCAUCGUCAGUCCUACUUUGUCCUUUCUCCCGCUCGGAUAUGGAAGGCAUGCUUGCCCAGGGCGAUGGUUCGCGGCUCAGACGAUGAAGCAGGCUCUCGCCUAUAUCGUUCUAAACUACGACGUAGAGCUGAUCGGGAAGCCAAUCAACACGAAAUCUUUAGUAAAUACCAUGGUGCCACCCGUGAACGCUAAGAUGAGGAUUUGGAGGAAGAAGCGAUGA